AUUUCCUAGGGCUCGUAUUCUCAAUGGCGGGAAGAGAGGCCCUAGCUAGCUAGGGCGCGCGGGAGCACGAACCGAUCCAUCCAGUCUCUCUCGAUCGGGAUAGGGCGCUCGCUUUUCUACCUUAGGCUGGGAAUGGGGCGGACUCGCAGCGUUACCGAGUUUUUCCAGCCUCCCAAGAGGGUGAAGGUGGGAUCGGAGGACCGAGCACAGGUUUUUCAUACUGCUGCCGCUACCGUGGAUGGAGAGGAUGGGUCUGGAUUCUCGUUUCGUCGUCUCAGCGAUGAGGAACUCGCUCGAAAGUUUGACGAUCAGAGUCCAGCUCCGAAGCACCAAUCUUCCUACUCGUUCAAGACAGCUCUUUCAGUGGAAGAAAAUGCCGAAGGAGAACAAGGUCCGAGCAAAGACGAGAAGAUCCGAGUGGAAACUUCAGUGGAGGAGCGCACGGAAGUUUCAACGCUAAGCAAAGAGCAAAAGAUGCGAGUGGACAUGAACAAGUCCAUGGCUCUGGCCAGGAGAAAGCUGCGAUUGUGCGAGGAGGUCGUCCAAGCUUCGCAAGGAGAAUUCCCCGACUUGGAGAAGCUUUUGGUGGAACCGAGCUGGGUGGAGGUCUUGCAGGACGAGUUCAAGAAGCCAUACAUGGAGAAUCUCCAGACUUUUGUGAAGCAACAAGCGGCCGGAAAAGUUCCCGUUUAUCCACCAGCGGCCAAAGUGUUCAAUGCCUUCAACUCGUGCCCUUUCGAUCGAGUGAAGGUUGUUCUUCUUGGUCAGGAUCCUUACCAUGGUCCAGGCCAGGCCAUGGGUUUAUCAUUCUCGGUUCCAGAAGGCAUCAGAAUUCCUUCCAGCCUGCUCAACAUGUACAAAGAAAUCCACAGCGACGUUGGUUGCCGGGUUCCGCUACACGGAAACCUUGAAAAGUGGGCAUACCAGGGAGUUUUGCUGCUGAACACUGUUCUCACGGUUCGCGAGCAGCAGGCAAAUUCUCAUGCCAAGAAAGGCUGGGAGCCGUUCACUGACGCAGCCAUCCGUGCCAUUUCGAAAAGAAAGACCGGAGUUGUAUUUCUGCUGUGGGGAAACUGCGCACAAGAGAAAAUCCGUUUAAUCAACCCAAACGAGCAUCACGUCUUAAAGGCUGCUCAUCCAUCUGGCCUCUCCGCCCACAAAGGGUUCUUCGGCUGCAGGCAUUUCUCUAAAACGAACGAGCUGCUGGAAUCGGCUAAUAUCCUUCCCAUAAACUGGCAAGUCUAAACUGGAAUCUCCUUAAUAAACUUUAAUUAUUAUUAUUAUUCGAACA